GAACUAGUUGAACCGAGAAUCCAAGAUGGCGGUCGUCAAGUCGCCGAAUGACCCAAGAGAUUACCGGGUCAUUCAUCUGGAUAAUGGUUUGACAACACUGUUGAUAUCAGAUACAAAUACAGUGUCAUCRAAGCAAAGACAUAGCAGCUUUACAAGUGACACCUCUGAAGAUUCCAAUGAAAAUAGUGAUGAAGAAUCAAMUGAUGAAUCUUGUGAUGAUGGUGAUGAUAUGGUUGAUAAUGAAAAUAACCAUGAUGAUGAUGAAAGCAUUCAUGAUAAAAAACAAAAAGACGCUAAAUUGGCUGCUGCUGCUCUGUGCAUUGGAACUGGAAGCUUUUCUGAUCCUGAUGAAAUACCAGGACUCGCACACUUCCUGGAACACAUGGUUUUCAUGGGCAGUGAAAARUACCCUGAAGAGAAUGCAUUUGAUGCUUUUAUCAAGAAACAUGGAGGAAGCAGUAAUGCAUGUACAGACUGUGAAAGGACUGUUUUCGUCUUUGACRUCCGUCGAAAAUAUUUCAGGGAAGCACUGGACAGGUUUGCCCAAUUCUUUAUCAGUCCAAUGCUGAAUGAAGGAAGCGUGGAUAGAGAAAUACAGGCCGUUGAAAGUGAAUUUAUGCAGAGUUAUCAAAGUGACACCGUUAAAAGAAUUCAGUUAUUACARAGCAUAGCAAGGGAUGGACAUCCUUUUAAGAAGUUCUUGUGGGGGAAUGAAGCAACAUUGAAGACUGUUCCRACUCAAAGGGGUAUUGACGUACAAAGUGAUUUGAGAAUCUUCCAAAAGAGAAUGUAUUCAGCCCAAUACAUGACACUGGCUGUCUGUUCAAAAGAAUCACUGGAUUCAUUGGAAGAGCUUGUCAAAGACUGUUUUACAGAUUUACCAAAUAAUGACAUGCCAAGACCUAUGUUUCAUGACUGCUCCGCUCCUUUUGACGAUUCUUCUUUCUGUAAAUUAUAUAAAGUAAUACCUGUGAAGGAUUUCCAUCAAUUGGAAGUAACCUGGAUGUUGCCAUGCCAACUACAGCACUAUAGAAUAAAACCAAUGCACUAUAUAUCCUGGUUGCUGGGACAUGAAGGUCCUGGAAGUGUCUUGUCAUUGCUAAUCAAAAAGUCAUGGGCCGUUAGUCUUAUGUGCGGUAAUGGAGAAACAGGCAUUGAACACAGUACAAAUUAUGCAAUGUUUCCUGUCAUAGUCAUUCUUACAGAUGAAGGUGUCGACCAUAUAUACGAGAUAAUAACAAUAGUUUUUCAAUAUCUCGAAAUGUUAAGGCAAAAAGGCCCACAAGAAAGAAUCUACAAAGAAAUCCAAACUAUUGAAGACAACGAAUUUAGAUUCCAAGAACAGUGCGAGCCUUACGACUUUACAGAAAACGUGGUGGAAAAUAUGCAGCUUUAUCCAGUUAAAGACUUUCUUACUGGAGAUCAACUGAUGUGGGAGUUCAAUCCUGAGGUGAUUGGUAGCGUUCUGGAUCAACUUGUUCCRCAUCAAGCAAACAUUAUGAUUUCAUCGAAAARCUUUACRCAAGAAGAAUGUAGUGAAGUUGAGGAGUGGUUUAAGACGAGUUAUAAAUGUACCGACAUUGAUUCAGGUUGGCUUGAAUCUUGGAAGAAUAUAGAAUUAAAUCCUGAUCUUUACUUACCAGCAGAAAACACAUUUAUAGAUAUAGAAUUAAAUCCUGAUCUUUACUUACCAGCAGAAAACACAUUUAUAGGCGCUGCUGGCAGUGGCCUGUUCGAUAUGUACAGAAUUAUUUCACGCUUUCAGGAGUUUAUUAUUGAGCGAUGUUAUUUUAAUCUCUUAGCCACUGAUUUUGAAAUUAAAGACAAAGAUAUAGCCUCRCCAGAGUUCACCGUUCUUUGUAUAACUAAAAUUACAAUGUAUAUUGAUAUUUUUCUAUUGAUACAUUGUUUACAGCAUCCUCAAGUUAUUUUAGAAAGUGAACUUGGUAAAUUGUGGUAUAAAAAAGAUCACAAAUUUAAUACACCAAGAGGUAAAAAUACAUUUCACUAUAAACCACCACUCAUUAUACACCAAGAGGUAAAAACACAUUUCACUAUGUCUGUAAGGUUGUCCAUUCUUCAGCUAGUUAAAUGGUCCAUUGUUGAGAAAGAGGGAGCUAUUGACAGCAUUACACUCGAUGAUCUGAAGAAUUUCGCAAUAUCUUUUAAAGCCCAGCUAUAUUUCGUGAGCUUAAUUCAGGGUAACGUGACUGCUGCCGAAGCCGUUUCCCUGCAAGACCACCUAUACAAAAUGGUGGAUCCUUCUCCGUUGCUACCAUGUUUUCAUCCAGAGGUACGAAUUCUAGAGCUUCCAUGUACAGAGACAGUGUGUCGUGUCCCAUGCUUCAACAAAGACGAUUCUAAUUCUGUGGUAACCGAUUACUAUCAGUCUGGWCCAGCUUCUGUGCAAGAAUUCUCUGCAAUGGAACUGCUAGUGUCACAGAUGGAGGAACCUUGUUUUGAUAUUUUGCGGACAAGAGAACAGCUUGGGUAUUCUGUAAGUUGUACUUGUCGAAAUACUUUUGGUAUUGUUGGCUUCUCUGUUACUGUCCAAACUCAGGCCGACAAGUUCAGUGUGGAGCACGUUCAAAACAGAAUUGAUGCUUUUUUGGAGGAAUUUCAAGAAAUUCUUGAGACAACUAAGCCAGACGAUUUCAAGAGCCAGGUGGAUUCAUUAAUUGAAAUCAAACAACACGAAGACCUCAGCCUGGCCGAGGAAGCCAACAGGAAUUGGUUCGAGAUUCUCGACCAGACUUAUUUAUUCGACAGGAAAGAAAAAGAGGUCAACGCCCUMAAAAAACUGACAAAAAAGGAUGUUUUAAAAUGCUUCAAACAUCACAUCAAAAAAGGAAGAAGCUACAAGAAAUUGAGCGUCCAGGUUGUCGGUAAUGGAGACACCACAGCCUCGAUUCCAAACGGUACGRUUGACAAUGCACAAGACCGCUGGACGCUUAGGCCCGUUCCCGUUGACAAAAAAGACUAUAUCACAGACAUUGCUGAAUUUAAACGAACUAGACCGGUUUUUCCUGUAUCUAAAGUUGUCUAACUGGAUGUCUAUAUCUAAGUAGACGAUUUACAGGAUGGUGUUAUGUAAUAUAUACAGCUACUACCACGGAAUGCUGAAAUAAAUAAAUAAAGUCUUUUAUUCUGA